AUUUCAGUGACAGAACAAGGCAAACUAACCAGCUGGAUCCACCUGAAUAUUAUGAUGAAGCUGAUCUUUUCUCUGAAUAUCAUCUGGGUGUUCUACAGCACAGCUGGAGCCUUUAAUUGCAUAACCUGCAAAGACGCAUCAUGUUCAAGCACAUUUUCAGCGACUUGUGGCUCGGAAACUAUGUGUAUAACAGCUUCAAUCAGAGCUUAUUCAAAUGGAGGUAUAGGAACACAAACCUUCAAAGCCUGUGCAUCCUCCUCUCUGUGUCCGGUCACAGGCAGUCAGACUUUUUCAGUCAACUUGGGUGUCCAAAAGGCAGUUGCAUCUGCUGAGUGCUGCGAGACAGACAACUGCAACUCACACACUCUGCCUUACCCCAGCUUUGGGAAACCUAACUCCCUCCAGUGUAUUAUUUGUAACCCCAUGACCUCUGACUGCACAAGUUCAAUAACAUGUGAGGGAGAUGAGAUCAACUGCUUCUCUGCAAUUGUGACGAAUUCACAACUAACAAUACCAGUACACGGAUGUAUGACUCCAACCACAUGUCAAGUUGCCAACAGCCUACGUACUUUACCCUUUAUGCAGAGUGUCGGUACAAUAUCCAGCGGUCCAAAUUGCUGUGAUACUGCUAACUGUAACAAUCUACGGGCAUUGGCCAUAACAACCAUUGCAGUACCCACCACAACUAUGGCUCCAAUCACCACUGCCGCACAAACCACCACAACUGCAGCACUAACAACGACAGCUAUGCCACAAACCACCACAACUUCAGAACCAACCACCACAACUGCUAUACCAACCACUACAACUGCAGCACCAACAACCACUACUAAUACACUUACCACCAUAACAGAGGCUGCAACAACUACAACUGAAGCACCAGCCACCACAACUGCAACACCAACCACCACCACUGCUGCACCAACAACCACUACUACUGCACUUACCACCAUAACAGAGGCUGCAACAACUACAACUGAAGCACCAGCCACCACAACUGCAGCAACAACCACCACAACUGCUGCACCAACAACCACAACUGCGGCAACAACAACCACAACCGCAACACCUGCAACCACAACUGCUGUAACAACCACAACUGCAGCACCAACCACCACAACUGCUGCACCAACAACCACAACUGCGGCAACAACAACCACAACCGCAACACCUGCAACCACAACUGCUGUAACAACCACAACUGCAGCACCAACCACCACAACUGCUGCACCAACAACCACUACUACUGCACUUACCACCACAACAGAGGCUGCAACAACUACAACCGUUUCACCAUCCACCACAACUGCACCAACAACCACCACAACUGCGGCUGCAACAACCACAACUGCAGCACCAACCACUACAACUGCGGCAGCAACAACCACAACCGCAGCACCUACCACCACAACUGCAGCACCAACCACAACUGCAGAACCAACAACCACAACUGCAGUAACAACUACAUCUGCAACACCAACCACCACAACUGCAGUACCAACAACUACAACUGCAGCAACAACCACCACAACUGCACCACCAUCCACCACAACUGCACCAACAACCACCACAACUGCGGCUCCAACAACCACAAUCACAGCACCUACCACCACAACUGCGGCAGCAACAACCACAACCGAAGCACCUACCACCACAACUGCGGCAGUAACAACCACAACCGCAGCCCCUACAACCACAACUGCUGUAACAACCACAACUGCAGCAGCAACCUCUACAACUGCUGCACCAACAACCACUACUACUGCACUUACCACCACAACAGAGGCUGCAACAACUACAACCGUUUCACCAUCCACCACAACUGCACCAACAACCACCACAACUGCGGCUGCAACAACCACAACUGCAGCACCAACCACUACAACUGCGGCAGCAACAACCACAACCGCAGCACCUACCACCACAACUGCUGCAGCAACAACCACAACCGCAGCACCUACCACCACAACUGCAGUAACAACUACAUCUGCAACACCAACCACCACAACUGCAGCACCAUCCACCACAACUGCACCACCAUCCACCACAACUGCACCAUCAACCACCACAACUGCACCACCAACCACCACAACUGUGGCACCAACAACCACAACCGCAGCACCUACCACCACAACUGCUGCAGCAACAACCACAACCGCACCAACAACCGCAUCACCAACCACCACAACUGCGGCUCCCACACCCACAACUGCAGAACCUACCACCACAACUGCACCAACAACCACCACAACUGCGGCUGUAACAACCACAACUGCAGCACCAACCACUGCUGCAACAACUACAACUGCAGCAGCUACCACCAAAACUGCGGCAGUAACAACCACAACCGCAGCACCAACCACAACAACUGCUGUAACAACCACAACAGCAGCACCGACCACCACAACUGCUGCACCAACAACCACUACUACUGCACUUACCACCACAACAGAGGCUGCAACAACUACAACCGUUUCACCAUCCACCACAACUGCACCAACAACCACCACAACUGCGGCUGCAACAACCACAACUGCAGCACCAACCACUACAACUGCGGCAGCAACAACCACAACCGCAGCACCUACCACUACAACUGCUGCAGCAACAACCACAACCGCAGCACCUACCACCACAACUGCAGUAACAACUACAUCUGCAACACCAACCACCACAACUGCAGUACCAACAACUACAACUGCAGCACCAACCACCACAACUGCACCACCAUCCACCACAACUGCACCAACAACCACCACAACUGCGGGGGCAACAACCACAAUCACAGCACCUACCACCACAACUGCGGCAGCAACAACCACAACCGAACCACCUACCACCACAACUGCAGUACCAACAACUACAACUGCAGCACCAACCACCACAACUACACCACCAACAACCACAACUACACCACCAACCACAACUGCAGAACCAACAACCACUACUACUGCAUUUACCACCACAACGGAGGCUGCAACAACUACAACUGCAGCAGCUACCACCACAACUGCGGCAGUAACAACCACAACCGCAGCACCAACCACAACAACUGCUGUAACAACCACAACUGCAGCACCGACCACCACAACUGCUGCACCAACAACCACUACUACUGCACUUACCACCACAACAGAGGCUGCAACAACUACAACCGUUUCACCAUCCACCACAACUGCACCAACAACCACCACAACUGCGGCUGCAACAACCACAACUGCAGCACCAACCACUACAACUGCGGCAGCAACAACCACAACCGCAGCACCUACCACAACCAACAACCACCACUACUGCACUUACCACCACAACAGAGGCUGCAACAACUACAACCGUUUCACCAACCACCUCAACUACACCACCAACCACAACUGCAGCACCAACUACCACAUCCAUACAACCAACAACCACAACUGCAGUACCAACCACAACAACUGCAACACCAACCACCACCACAGCAGCACCAACCACCACAACCAUAGAACCAGCCACCAUAACUGCAGCACCAACCACCACAACUGCACCUCCAACCACCACAAAGGCAGCACCUACCACCACAAAGGCAGCACCAUCCACCACAACCGUAGCACCAACGACCUCAACUACAGCAGUAACCAAAACGGCAGCACCAACAGCCACCACUGCAGCUUCAACCACCACAACUGCAGCCCCAACCACCACAACUACAGCACCAAACACCACAACUGCGCCACUAACCUCUUCAACAGCAGAACCAACGACCACAACUGCUGCACCAACCUCAACUGCUGUAACAACAACUACAAUUGUUCCACCGGGAACCGCAACUGCAGCACUAACCACAACUGCAGAACCAACAACCACUACUACUGCACUUACCACCACAACGGAGGCUGCAACAACUACAACCAUUGCACCAACCACAACAACUGCAGUACCAACGACCACAACUGCAGUACCAACCACAACAACUGCUGCACUUACAACCACUACUAUUGCAGGCACUACAUCAACUACCACAUCCACCACAACUACAACAUCAACAAGUCCAACAAAGACACCAACAACUACAACUAUGAAACCAACCACCAAAUCUACUACAACAGCUAA